UACGAUGCGUUGCAUUUGCGAAUCUACACGUUGAAAGAUGUGAUUUGAUUUUUUUUGAAGAUAUAUGUAAGUAUACAUAUAUGGAACACCAAAAAAAUGAGGCAGAGAAGUUAAGAAGAUAAAUAUUGCAAAUAUAGGUUAUAUUUUUCACAUCACACACAUGGAUUUACUCGUGAUUUCCACUUGGAUUUGUAUUUUGGAUAAUAUUGCGCCGUUUCUAAUUAAAUUUGUUUUAUCACAUGUACUUGCGCAAAAGAGAUAUGACAUUGAGCUGCGAAAGGAAUUGAAUAAUUUGAAAGAAAAUAUGGCAGGACUCUCCAUGGUGGAUGAGUUUGCCAAAUGUGCCAAGCUCCAACGUCGAUGCAAUCAUGUGGAAAGUAUUCUGAAAGAAAACAUGAAUCAACGAUUAAAUAAAAAAAUAAAACUGCAGAUGUUGCUAAUUUAUAGUUUUCGUGCACUGAACGGUACAUUAAUAUUGUGGUUAUGGUAUGUGUAUAAAAACGAGCCAGUUAUUAUUCUCUCAGAGGAUGUGCUAUGGCCAAUCCAGAAUUUUUUGAGUUGGCCAUGCCAGCAUAAGAAUGCUAUUUCUCUGUUAGCAUGGCUCGUGAUCACCCGAUUAGGAGUAUCAACAUGCAAAAAACUUCAUAUGUGAUUUAAUAAGUUGUUAUGUAAAUGAUUAAUCUAUAAACUUAUUAUGAAUUCUAUAAUUCAUAAUAGUGAGAAAGAGAGUAGUUAAAAAUACGGUAAAUGUUCAGUAUAGCGCCCCCACCUUCGAUUUUCCUGUAAUUUUGUAAAUUUGUUUUUUUAUUUUCAUGUAUAGAAUAUAUUCCGAGAAGGAAAAUUGUUGGAC